AUGUCGACGCCCCGGACGGUGACGCGCGCGCGCGCGCGGGCGUCGGGGGGGCGACGCGCGCGCGCGCGCGCGGGGGGAACGCGUCGAAGGGAAUCAUCCAUCGCGCGACCGUCGCGCGCGAACGAACGAUGGACGCGCGCGCGCGAGGGCCUGGUGGGCGUCGCGACGGCCGUGCUCGUGCUCGCGUCGACGACGGGGCGCGCGGAGGCGGUGGAUCGACGGACGGUGGUGCGGCGGGAGAUUCGGGCGGAGGAUUUCGAGACGGCGGAGACGCUCGAACGCGCGCGAGAACCGCGGCGGUUCGAUGGGGCGUCGAGAGGGAUCCCGCUCGCGCUCUCGGCGGACGGUGACGACGAGGGCGUGAAUGUGGAGUACACCGAACCGCCGAGCGUGACGAUUGGGUUAAAGCGGGGGGUGGACGGACGACGCGUCGGGUCGGCGGCGUUUCAGUGGAGCGUCAUCGGAGGCGCGGCGUACGCGAUUCGACGCGCGCAGACGCGGUCGGAGCGCGUGUCGAAGAGUUUGGCGAAGAGAUUUGGGACGCGGGACGCGUUGUCGACGCCGGAGGCGUUGGUGGGGACGAGGUGGCGGAUCUCGGCGGACGUCGGACGCGAGCGCGGAACGUGGAUGCCGCCAAACUGGGGCGCGAGCGGCGUGCGACUUCUCGUGCCGGUGGCGAUCGAAUUUAAACCGAACGGCGUGGUCGAACCGAUAGUGACUGGGGCGUUCACGCCGACCACCCUCGGCGCGGGGACGUGGAGCGUGGACGGCGAUACGCUUCGUUUCAAUCUCACCAUGACGAAGUGGUCUCGAGGCGACAUCGGUUUCGAGGACGAAAAGCUCUACUUCAAGACGCUCGCCUGGGGCGAUCGCGUGAGCUCGAGCAAAGGACGACUGCUCGUGAACCAACGCAGAUUCUUUAUUCGACGCGAAUGGCGCUCGGUGGGCACGUUCAAGGCGGAGCCCGUCGAGAAGGACGCGCCCGAGGCGCUCGUCGCGCCGUUUCGCGUCCGCGUGCCGGAUUAG